UGUGGGAGAAGGUUCCUCAGAUCUGUUCAUCCUCACCAGCAUCCUGUAAGUCAAAUACCUAUACAUAAAGGCUGGAUCCUGGAUGGCUUUCCAAUGACAUUAAACCAAGCAGAGCUUCUGGAGGAAGCACUCACAGGCUACAACAGAAACCUCAUAGAACUGCAGGGAAAGAAAUCACAAACAUCCACAUUAGCUGUUGACCCUACAGCUUCCAAAGAAGUGCCUCGUCUCCCUUCUGCAUUUGAUUUUGUCAUGUUAUUAGACAUUUCAGAUAAUUCCUCACUGAAUCGCAUGAAUGACAUGAUGGCUGAAGCAUUUUCAAGUGACGCUCCUCAUGAAGAUAUCAAUCAGCGUGUAGCGGCUAAAAACAAAGGUACGGAUGAGGACCAGAAUUUAAGAGAUCAAAUACAGCACAGAAUUGUAGGCUUCCUUGACAACUGGCCUUCAUUGGAGCAGUGGUUUACAGAGCCAGAAAACAUUUUGAUAAAAAUCAAUGCUGAAGUAGAUAAACAGUCAUUGUGCCAAAAAGUAAAGGAAAUGUUUAUGACUGAAAUAAUGAAAAAAGAAAAUAAAGUGAAAAAGAAAUUAGAAGAAAAGGAAGCUGAGAGAAAAGAAGAAGUUUCCCUGAUUGAGAAGACGUCCUCGCCGCCUCCUCCCCCUCCCGCUCCAGAACCGGAAAAAGAGAAGGAAGUCCACCUUCCCCAGGAGCGGUCCAAAACUCCUGCUGCAAAAGGAAAGCAAGCAUCAGAACCCCCGCAUGGUAAUCGAGAACCUCUUCAGGAAGGAAAAGGGAAGAAAAGUGAAACUUCACUCAAAAGAAAAGGUUCUCCUAGAGGAAAAUCGCUAGGAGGGAAGAUUCCACUCAAGAAAUCACCUGCCGAGUCUACAGAUGUUUCACCAGUCCCAGUAGUGCCAGCCCCAGCGAAGCCCGGAUCAGAGGAGUGGGUGUAUGUAAAUGAACCAAUUCCUGAGGAAAUACCAUCAUUUUUAGUACCAUACUGGAAACUGAUAGAAAGUUCCUAUAUAAAUUCCAUCAAAACAGUACUCAGGCAGCUGAGAGAAGGCCAGCAUACCGUAUUUGCUCACUUAUAUGAUAUUAGAACAGGCUUCCAGCAGUUUCUGAGGCGUCCAGACCACAAGCAAGACUUCGUGUCUCAGUGGCAGGCAGAUUUCAAUUCCCUUCCUGACGACCUGUGGGAUGAUGAGGAAACAAAGGCUGAGCUACACCAAAGAGUGAAUGAUUUACGGGAACGCCUGUGGGACAUUUGCGAUGCCCGCAAGGAAGAAGCAGAGCAGGAGCGUCUGGACAUCAUUAAUGAGAGCUGGUUGCAGGACUCGAUGGAAGUCGCCAUGAACCAUUUUUUCUCACUGAUGCAGGCAGAAAUGAACCGUUUCCAAGAUACGAAGAGAUUCCUACAAGAUUAUUACAGGGCCAUGGAAUGUAAAAUUCCAGUGGAUGACACUAAGAGAUUCACUCAAGUCCCACUGGUCCAACUGGAUAGUAAAGAUAUUUUGGAAAGCCAAUUUAGAAUUCCCCUGGUUCCUCGAAGAUCCAUUUCUCCAGAGUCAGCUUUAUCCAAGCCCAAAACAAAAAGCAUCCUGAAGGGCAAGAUUGAUUACACGCUGGAAAGUGUAGAGUUAAACUUUGAGGCCGAUGAGAAGAUGGUGAUGGAUGUGUGGCAGCAGUCUUCUUUGGCAAUAUCUCACAUGGUGGCUGCUGAAAUUCAUCAGAGGCUCAUGGAAGAAGAAAAAGAAAACCAGCCAGCAGACACAAAAGAAAAACCUCCUCAGGCGGCUGCAAAUAAAAAAGUGAAAAAGGAGCCUCCACCACCACCACCGCAACCCAAGAAAAAAAAAGAGGACAAAAAAGGAAAAGGUAAAUCCCCACCUAUGGCAGAAGCUGCUUCUGUAGUAGUGCCGGCAGAAGAGACUGAGGAAGUGGAAGUAAAAAACGAACUGAAGCUCAAAAUAAAGGAAGAGCAUCUUGCCGCCCUGCAAUUUGAAGAGAUAGCUACACAGUUCCGACUUGAACUGAUAAAGGUAAAGGCAUUGGCUUUCCUGGAAGAGUUAGUAGUAAAGGCGGUCGAUGUAUAUAGACUCAUGGAAAAGUGGCUCGGUGAGAGGUACUUGAAUGAAAUGGCCAGUGUGGAAAAACUAACUGGGGUAGCUCGCUAUCACAUUGAAACAUCAACCAAAAUUCAGAAUGAACUUUAUUUAGACCAAGAAGACUUCUUCAUUAAUGGCGAUAUGAAAGUCUUUCCAGACCCACCUCCUCCGGUACGCCCUCCACCUGUGGAAAAGGAGGAAAACAGCACUCUGACCAUCGAGCAGCUUGACAGCCUCCGGGGUCAGUUCUUAGAUACAGCGCCCAAAGGCAGGGAUCCUCCAGACGAUGUGAGUGGAUUCACCAAGAAACAGAAAAGGCCUCGGAAGCUUGACCAUUACCUCCCAAAGAGGAACAAUCAAUUUUUGAAAAUUUGGCUUAAAAAAUACCCUUGGCUUGUAUACGAUGAGAUACUAAAUCUUAUGUUCUGCGGCCUGUGUCGUAAACAUGGAGUGACAUCAAAGGGAAAUCAGGUGAGUUUUUUUUAUGGCACGGAUAACUUCAGGACUGAAUUUCUCAACGCGCAUCAUCUGAGCGAGGCUCACGCCAAGGCGUCCCUCAUGGAAGCCACGAGUGGUUCUCCAGGGAGCAGAGCGACCACGGAGCUGAUGGUGAGGACCAUGAGCAAGGUGAUCCUCGGCAGGGUGGAGAACCUGUUCCGGUCCUGCCACGCCAUCGCCAAGACCGGACGUCCCCUCAAAGACUUCCUCUGGAUGUGUUCGCUGGACGAUAUGAAGGGCGUUGAUAUCGGCCCCGUGUUCAGAACCAGUAAAUCUGCCAGAACUUUUACCUACUUUAUUGCUGAAGUGGAACGGAGAACUCUAAGAGAGAAGUUAGAAAAAAGUCAGUUCUUCUCCGUCCUCAGUGAUGGGAUGGCAGACGGUUCCGUUGAGGAAGCUGAACUCGUGUAUGUGCAGUUUGCACGCGCAGGGAGAGUGCACUGCCAAAUCGUCGGGGUACAGACCGUGGAGAAGAAGGAGCCCCGGGCGAUAAAACGUGCCAUCGAGAAAACUCUAGAGAGAAAUCUUCAACUUCGACUGUCGAACCAAGACUGGGCAAAGAAACUGGUGGGUUUCGGAAGUGGUGGAGCUCCGGGUUCAGAGGGAGAAAACGGCAGUGAGGUGGCCCUGCUCUUAAGGGAAAUCCAGCCAGGUGUGCUGUCUGUAUACUGCUUUGCCCAUCACCUCGAACUAUCUUACCAGGCGGUGUUCCAGAGCGUUCCCCUCUACAACCAUGUGAAAGACCUUCUUCACAGCAUGUGCCGCUUCUAUCACGAUUCUCCUGCUCACAGGAGUGCUCUGGUCACUGCUUUCAAGGGCCUCCACCUUCGACCUGUGAUGCCCUCUCAAGUCAGAGGCCGGAAGUGGCUUCAGGGAUUGCAGGCAGCCCUCCAGAACUUUCUCAAGGGAUAUCCAGCAAUUGUCCAGCAGCUGCAUUCAGCAGAAGAAAGCAGAAGUGACAGCAAUCAUCAGAAAGCCAAAGAACUCCUGGAGUCUCUCCUCCAGGCAGAUGUUGUCAAAUUUGUCCACUUCUUGGUGGAUGUCGUCAAUGUCCUUAGCAUACUGUCCCACGUCAAUCAGAACAGAAAUUCCUCAAUUGCUGAUAUAUUUGCCACCUUAGAGUCAACACUGGAAAUGCUCCGAAUUUACCAGACAAGACCAGGGCCGAAAGAACGUGGGGUGGAUUCAGUCACACACUUUCAUGGUAACUGCCUGGAAGGAAAGGGAAACAUUUCUGAUGUGAGAAACACGGUUUUAACACAUCUUAUCAAGAGGCUGCGAAGCUGUUUCAGAGAUGCCAACCAAGAUGUGGUGAAGGCAACCACGAUUGGAAGCUUUAAACUGUGGCCGGCAAAAAUAAAUCAAGAAUUUGGAGAAAAAGAGGUGGCCAUCCUGAUUGCACAUUAUGAACCAGUAUUAGAGGCAGCCAAGGUGAAAAUUGACCAAGUAGACACAGAAUGGAGCAUGAUGAAAUUGGAGAUCUACUCGAGAUUUCAGAACAUUCGCAAACUCACCUGGGAUUUUGUGAAUUCUGUUUAUUUACACAAGUAUCCAAAUAUCCUGACACUCAUUGACCUUGUGCUGAGCCUGCCUGCAAGUUCAGCUGAGGCAGGACGCGGCUUUAGUCAGAUGAAGCGCACCAGGGCCCAAAUGCAUGCCAGGGUCGAGGCUGACAGCAUGACGGAUCUCCUGAUAAUUCAGUUGAAUUCUCCAGACAUUAACAACUUUGACCCUAGGAAAGCCAUUCAUUUAUGGAAUACAAGAACACCAUCCUCAACUGAUGACACAAGACCUAACUCAGAUUGCUCAUCAAACUCAGAAAGCCUUGGUGAAAGUGACUAGCAAUGUGAUAAAUAUUGACCUCAUCAUUGAUCCUAGCAAAAAGAACUGUUUUCAAAAACCUGAAAUUUAAAAGUCACCAGUCCUCACAUCAAACACUAAAGGCAUUUGGCAUCAUCCAGACAUACAAAGCAAAAAUCCGAAGAUUGGUUUUCCUAUAACCUUCUAAUUCUAGUUCUAUAUUCACACAUUCUUUCACACUCUUUGGGUGAAGUGUAUACCUAAGCAAUGGUACUAUCUUGACAUCAUCUUUCUGAGAGUUAUUGCUAAGGGUAACCAGACUAUAAUUAUGAUCAAGAGUGUCUUUAGGCCUGGCUUACAAUUAACUGUUUUUCCUGGAUAAUUCUAAUGGAUGGCUGCAUUAGAUAAGUAACUUAGGGCCAAAUGGAAAGAACUUUUUUUUUAAUCUGUAAACAAAAGGUGUAAGCUUAUCUAUUUCCAUUACUGCAUUAUAUGUGAAGGUCAUAUUAUUAUAUGCCUUGGUCAUUUAAGAAAAAAGGCCAAAGAUCAAAAUAGUUUUUGCAUUUCACACUAAAGUCUGCAGAUAAAUAAACCCUAUGUGAACUGAAAGUAUUUUCUUAGAACACUUUGCUUGUGCCAUAGGUAUUAGAGACAGUGGAACUAUUUUACAAAUCUACCAGAAAUUUUAAAUACUUGGAGCCUCUUCAUGGUUUCAAUUGAGUUUAUUUCUGGUUUCAUUUAAGGAACAUGAAUGAUUUAUUUCUAACUUAUCUGAAAACCAAUGUAGUAUCACAUACAAAGCUCAUUUUACCAAAACUUCCACUACCUGGGAAAGUUAUUCUCAUUUCUAGAAAAUUGGAUAUUCAGGUUUGGUCAAAAAGGAUGGAGAAUUUGUUUCUGAACAACUUGCUGAAUGGCCAGUCACAUCAAAGAAAGAUAUAUUCUACUCUUGCUACACAGGAAAUUACCUUCCAGAUCUGAACCUUGUGCAUUUUAUUUGAACCACUGAAAUUUUAAAAUGAUUACUACAUUUCCCCAAAGGUUAGAGGAAAUAAUAAAGUUCAUGUUGGACUUGAGAAAUGCUAAAAACUUAGAUAUAGGAAGAAAAAUGUGAGACUCUACACCUGUUUCACUCUUUUUAUUCCUAAACAAAGAAGAAUAGCUGUAUACUCUGGACCUGACAGUUAACCAAAUACAUGUAGGAGUGUCUCCUGGCUCUAGAAGGUACCUCUGCAAUGGAAGUUAGACAUAUUUUAAGCAGAUACACUUAUUUUUGCUUUCCUACUUCUUUUUUAAUGCAUGUGCAUGCAAUUUGAAAUGAGCAACAGACUAAGCAAACAUCUCAUAGUAAAGUAGAUUCAUGUGUAAGAGCAAAAGCCUUUGAAAUAUUAGUGACCUUUUAUAAAAUAUAUCAGAAUGUUUGAGCCAAUUAGAUAACUAAAUUAGCACUUCCAGCGCAGUAAUUUAGUAAUUCAAGUAUCCCUAAAUUUAACCCAAACAA